AUGGUCGGCGCUACUGGUGCCAAGGGUCUCGUCAAGAAUGCCCGUACCUUUGCCAUCGCCGUCUUUGCCUCGAUGGGUGGUCUCAUCUACGGAUACAACCAGGGCAUGUUCGGUCAGAUCCUGAGCAUGUACUCGUUCAGCGAGGCGAGUGGUGUCAAGGGUAUCUCCAACCCUACCCUCGCCGGUUUCAUCACCGCCAUUCUCGAGCUCGGUGCUUGGGCUGGUGUGCUGAUGAACGGCUACGUUUCGGAUGCCUUUGGUCGUAGGAAGUGUGUCGUGUUCGGUGUCGCUUGGUUCAUCCUCGGUGCCAUCAUCCAGGCCUUCACCCGCGACGGCUCGUACGACUAUAUUCUCGCCGGUCGCGCCAUCACUGGUGUCGGUAUCGGAUCGCUCUCGAUGAUUGUGCCCCUCUACAACGCCGAGCUCGCUCCCCCUGAGAUCCGUGGUUCGCUCGUCGCCCUCCAGCAGCAGGCCAUCGUCGCCGGUGUCAUGAUCAGCUACUGGUUCACCUACGGCACCAACUACAUUGGCGGCAUCGGCGAGACCCAGAGCAAGGCCGCCUGGCUCAUUCCUGUCACCGUCCAGAUCCUCCCCGCCCUCAUCCUUGCCGUCGGUAUCUUCUGGCUGCCCGAAUCGCCCCGUUGGCUCAUCAACCAGGGCGCCGAGCAGGAGUCGCUCAAGGUCAUCGCUGGUCUCCGUCGCCUCCCCGAGAACGACAUGCUCGUCCAGAUGGAGUUCCUCGAGGUCAAGGCCCAGAAGCUCUUUGAAGACCGUGUCUCUGCUCACGACCACCCCGACCUUCAGGACGGCUCCCGCAGCAGCAACUUCAAGCUCGGACUUGCCGGAUACAAGUCGCUGGUCACCAACCCUGCCAACUUACGCCGAACCCUCGUCGCCGUUUUGGUCAUGCUGUUCCAACAGUGGACCGGAAUCAACUUCAUUCUCUACUAUGCUCCCUUCAUCUUCAAGCAGAUCGGUCUCGAAGGCAACACCAUCUCGCUGCUCGCCUCGGGUGUUGUCGGAAUUGUUCUGUUCCUUGCAACCAUUCCCGCGGUGCUGUACAUUGACUCGUGGGGACGCAAGCCCACCAUGAUUGUCGGUGCUGCUAUCAUGGGAUGCUGCCACCUUGUCGUUGCCAUCAUCAUCGCCACAUGCAGUGGCAACUGGCCUGCCCACCGAGCCGCUGGUUGGGUUGCCUGCGCCUUCGUCUGGAUCUUCGCCGCUGGUUUCGGAUUCUCCUGGGGUCCAUGUGGUUGGAUCGUUGUCGCCGAAGUGUUCCCUCUCGGUCUGCGUGCCAAGGGUGUCUCGAUCGGUGCUGCUUCCAACUGGCUCAACAACUUCGCCGUCGCCAUGUCUACCCCGGACUUCAUCUCUGCCGCCCCUUACGGUGUGUUCAUCUUCCUCGGCCUCAUGUGCUUCAUUGCCAUCGCCUACGUCGUGUUCUUCGUCCCCGAGACCAAGCUCAAGUCGCUCGACGAGCUCGACGCCGUCUUCGGUGACAAGUCGGGACGAUCGCAGUGGGAGGCCGGUAUGAUGCUCCAGGCUCAGCGCGACGUCGGUCUGCUUCGCCUCGCCGGUAUCGAGGAGCCCAAGGGUCUUCCCACCUCCGACAACGCCUCUGGUGAUCUUGACGAGAAGCACUCGGACAUCCACGAGGACAAGACCAGCAACGUCGUCACUCACACCGCUUAA